ACGAAAUAAACAGCAAUGCAAGUUAGGUGGUUCAGAAUUUCACACAAACUGAAUAAAACUCAGAUUCUGGAAAGUGGUGCAAACUUGUCAUUUUCAAAGGGUGCCAGCUUCGGAUCAGGCACUGCGCAGACAGUUGCUUGGGUCCUUGGCUGGGCGGAGCUUGUUCGCAGUGGCUUGUGGCUCCUUCCUGUACGCCUUCCCUCUUUUGCUCGGGCCCGUGGUGCUGCCAGGAUGGGCAAGUGUCGUGGUCUUCGUACUGCCAGGAAGCUCCGUAGCCACCGACGAGAUCAGAAGUGGCAUGAUAAACAGUACAAGAAAGCCCAUUUGGGCACAGCCCUGAAGGCCAACCCUUUUGGAGGCGCUUCCCAUGCGAAAGGAAUUGUGCUGGAAAAAGUAGGGGUUGAAGCCAAACAGCCAAAUUCUGCCAUCAGGAAGUGUGUCAGGGUCCAGCUGAUCAAGAAUGGCAAGAAAAUCACCGCCUUUGUACCCAAUGAUGGUUGUUUGAAUUUUAUUGAGGAAAACGAUGAGGUUCUGGUUGCUGGAUUUGGUCGCAAAGGUCAUGCUGUUGGUGACAUUCCUGGAGUUCGCUUUAAGGUCGUCAAAGUAGCCAAUGUCUCUCUUUUGGCCUUAUACAAAGGCAAGAAGGAAAGACCAAGAUCUUAAGUUUUGAUGAUGAAAACGUGACAAUAAAUUUUCAUAUACCAAAAA